GACUAUAUGAGUGGCUACAUAUAUUUUAAUUCCAUACUUUGUGGACCCCAUCAACUCAAAAACAUUAUCCUAUCAACUUCCACAUGUCUCAUGACUUGGCAGAUUUUUUCUGGUUCAAAUUCACUUUCCAAAUCUCAUGGAUGAGAGCACACUUUCUAGUUGUCCCAAUCAAGAAAAUGUUCAACAUUUGAAGCUACUUUCACUUCUUUUCCAAUUCCAAAAUUUUAAUAUUUUCAUAGCACAAAGUUCUAAUCUUGAUACUACUGCACUAGUGACUAGUGACCUUAUCAGUUCAUCAAGCUUAGAAAUUCUUGAAAUUAAAUGAUGGUGUAAAACAGGAUGGUGAGGACUUCAGUCCUUUAUCAGACUCCAUUCCUGAUACCCAAAGAAUAUCAUGCAAAAGCUCAAGAAUUCAACUUUAGCUUGAAGGAACAAGAAUGGAUUUCUAUGAUCAAGAAAUGCAACAGUAUGAGGGAAUUGAAGCAAGUUCAUGGCCAAAUCUUGAAGCUUGGAUUCAUUUGUAGCUCUUUCUGUGCCGGCAAUCUUUUGUCCACUUGUGCACUUUCAGAAUGGGGCAGCAUGGACUAUGCUUGUUUGAUUUUCGAGGAAAUCGAUGAUCCAGGUUCAUUUGAAUAUAAUACUGUUAUAAGAGGAUAUGUCAAAGAUAUGAACUUGGAAGAAGCUCUACUUUGGUAUGUUCAUAUGAUUGAAGAUGAGGUUGAACCAGAUAAUUUCUCAUACCCUACACUUCUUAAAGUAUGUGCUCGAAUUCGGGCACUCAAAGAAGGAAAGCAGAUUCAUGGGCAGAUUCUUAAGUUUGGACAUGAGGAUGAUGUGUUUGUGCAGAACAGCUUGAUCAAUAUGUACGGGAAGUGUGGAGAAGUUAGGCAAUCCUGCAUUGUCUUUGAGCAAAUGGAUCAAAGAACUAUAGCUUCUUGGAGUGCACUUAUUGCAGCUAAUGCUAAUUUGGGACUAUGGUCUGAGUGCCUUAAAGUUUUUGGUGAAUUGAACUCUGAGGGGUGUUGGAGGGCAGAGGAGAGUACAUUGGUGAGUGUGAUUUCUGCUUGUACUCAUUUGGAUGCCCUUGAUUUUGGGAAAGCCACACAUGGAUAUCUUUUAAGGAACAUGACUGGUCUCAAUGUUAUAGUAGAGACAUCCUUAAUAGACAUGUAUGUUAAAUGUGGAUGUCUAGAGAAAGGGUUGUUUCUCUUUCAAAGAAUGGCAAACAAGAACCAGAUGUCCUAUAGUGCCAUCAUCUCAGGGUUGGCAUUGCACGGGCGUGGAGAGGAAGCUCUAAGGAUCUACCAUGAAAUGCUCAAAGAAAGAAUUGAACCAGAUGAUGUUGUUUAUGUUGGGGUUUUGAGUGCUUGUAGUCAUGCUGGAUUGGUUGAAGAAGGGCUAAAAUGUUUUGACAGGAUGAGACUGGAACAUCCGAUAGAGCCAACAAUUCAGCAUUACGGGUGUAUGGUUGAUCUCUUGGGACGAGCUGGGAGGCUCGAGGAAGCUUUGGAGCUCAUCAAAGGCACGCCAAUGGAACCAAACGACGUCUUAUGGAGAAGUCUGCUAAGUGCUUGCAGAGUUCAUCAGAAUGUUGAGUUGGGAGAAGUAGCAGCCAAGAAUCUUUUCAUGUUGAAAUCAAGAAAUGCUAGUGAUUAUGUGAUGCUCUGCAAUAUAUAUGCACGAGCUAAAAUGUGGGAAAAGAUGGCUGUAAUUCGGACAAAAAUGGUUAAUGAAGGGAUAAUUCAAGUACCUGGUUCUUGCUUGGUUGAAGCAGACAGAAAGCUCUACAAGUUUGUGUCACAAGAUAGGUCACAUACCUGCAGUGAUGAGGUCUAUGAAAUGAUUCACCAAAUGGAAUGGCAACUGAAAUUUGAAGGGUAUUCACCAGAUACAUCAUUGGUAUUGUUUGAUGUAGAUGAAGAAGAGAAGAGGCAAAGACUGAGCACUCAUUGUCAAAAGCUGGCAAUUGCAUUUGCACUUAUAAAAACAUCUCAAGGUUCUCCUAUAAGAAUAGUGAGAAAUGUCAGAAUGUGUAGUGAUUGUCACACAUACACUAAACUUAUUUCCAUGAUUUACGAAAGAGAUAUCGUUGUUAGGGACAGAAAUCAGUUCCACCAUUUCAAAGAUGGAACUUGCUCUUGUAAAGAUUACUGGUGAAUACAUAUUCUUUUUCCCUUCGAACUUA